GUUUUACUAUCUUAAUUAAAUUCUUGAGAUAGAUUAUGUAUAGCCGAAAUAAUAUAUCAAAAGCCUACUUUGGACUAUUAACAAUGAUCUGGCUACAAUUUCUGCAUAUGUAUAAUCAAACUAUAUGGCUGUGUGAAACCAAGAGCAAAAGAAUAGAAUAGUUUGCCCUACCCACGAGUAAAUUUUUCACAUCUGGCCUCAUACGGAAUCCUAAAUUUUAUAUAAUUUUGCUGCAACUCAAGGGUAAGUGAUGAGUUUCUGACACUUUUCCUCUUACUGUUAUCAUUUUCUUUUUCACCAUUUUUCCUGGUUGCUCAAAGAUAAUAAUCAUCUCAUCUCCUGUCUUCUUAGGGCUAUUCAAUGGGAAAUGCAGCUAUAGACAUCAAUAUUGAAAACAAUGGCAAGAUCCCAUUUGCACAUCGAAUGGGUCUUAUUUCAGAUGAAAUUUAUGAGGAUUUGACUAGUUCUUGCAAAGGUAAUUAUUGGAGGAAUAGUGACCCUGAUUGCCUCAAAAACCUUGAAGUUUUUCAAGCAAAUAUACAAGGAAUCAAUAAAGAACAUGUUCUUUGCCUUCCUUGUCAAUUUGAACUAGGAUUCUGCCUGAAGCCUAACUGUUAUGAUUCUGAUUAUAUUGAAUAUAGCCUACAUCAGAACAGUGAACAUGGAAGCAAACAUUGUCAUGUAUAUAAUACAAGGCAAAAGAGCUUGUUCGACAUGGAAACAACAAGGCAAACCCUUCAUGCAGUACCGAUAGAAGUUUCUGGAGAGUGGAUCCGAUGUAAUCCAAGACUCCAGUAUGAGAGGGAUCACUUUAAUUUGAUACCAUACCAUCUGAAUCUCACAAUGAAAGGUUAUAGAGCCUUCAUUUAUUGUGGGGAUCAUGACAUGGUUAUUCCAUAUACUGCAACUCUUGAAUGGAUCCAAUCGUUGAACUAUUCUGUAAUUGAAGGAUGGCAGCCAUGGUUUGUCGAUGGCUUGAUUGCUGGGUACAAUAUUCGAUAUUACCAUAAUCUUUUAUUUGCUACAUUCAAGGGAGCUGGUCAUACGGUGCCUGAAUACGUGCCUCACCAGGCGUUGAUUGCUUAUCAAAGGUGGAUUGAUGGGGCUGGAUCUCUCUAAAGAUGGAAACUUGUAAGGUGCUUCUAGAAUGCUCAAAUACAGUUGAGCCUUCAUUGAUAUUGAUGCAAGAGGCAAGAGGAUGGUAUUAUCUGAUGAUAAGAAGGUUGAGUUUAAGUUUUAAACUACUCUCUAGUUUUUUAUUUUGGUUUGUUUAGUGAUGAGUGAGGUGAUGAGUUUCCUUAGGUUACCAUGCAUCAUAAAUUUGGUUUUGGAGAAUAAUGGUAUAUAUCUCAUGGUAUCCCAUUAAUUUCAGCCAAACAAUA